AUGGGCGAUACUGGUCCUUGUGGGCCUUGCAUUGAAAUACAUUAUGACAGAAUUGGCAAUCGUGAUACUGCAUCAUUGGUUAAUAAUAAUGCAUUGAAAUAUGGAAUCUUGUCUUUAUUCAGUUUAACAGGGAAAAUCGGUGGAACCUUGAAGCCUUUGGCUGCAAAGCAUACAUACUUCCCUCAACUUCAAGCACCCAACAUGAUCUACAUAAGUUGGACGCAAAGUAAGCAAGAAACAUUUGAGAUCCACACUUACAACAUCCUCUCUGAAUUUACUCAGGUUCUGCAACAGCAAGAUGGGCAAAACCAGCCACCAUCUGGAACACUUGAUCCCAUUUCGGGAUCUUUGUCCCAUUUUCAUUGGGCAUUGGAGCAUUCUGCUACGAUAAUUUCUUAUGGAUUUAUUCCAACUGUAGCGGGGAUUGUUCGUGUAUUUCGUGUAUUUCUAUCAACUCCAGAAACAACCAUGUCUCACGCCGCUUCCAAGCCCCAGUAA